GGGCCACGUGCGCAGGCGCACGGCGGCCGAGGACAGGCCUGGACACACACCGGCGAGCGGGCGGCUGCGCACCAUGGAACAGCGGUUAGCCGAGUUCCGGGAGGCCCGCAAACGGGCCAGUCUGGUAGCCCAGCCUUCCACGUCCAGUCAGAGCGUACAGACCUCGGGAGCGAAGGCGGAGCCAGCGGCGGCGACCCCAAAGACAGCCACGGGCUGGCUGACACGCUUCCUGAAACGGAAAGCCAACCCCGCCAUCGCUCAGGCUCAGCCCAACCAGCCUCAGGUGAGGAGAGAGGCCUGCACCUUGAAGCUCCGCCUCCGCGCGGGGGCCACGCCCCUGCCUGCCCAAGCCACACCCAGGAUAUCUGGCUCUUCCUUGUCCUGUGCGCUCUCUCCUCGCCUGCCUCGUGGCUGGACACCGCAUUUCCGCUCUGUGUAUCAGCACAUGAUACGUGGCCUUGACGUUUUCCAUCCCAGACAAUCCUAUGCAGCAACUAGUUGAAAACAAAGCGAAGCUCUAGGGAGCUUGAAGAAACAUCUCUGCUCUCCAGUUGUUCACUGCGAGUUAAUGACAGAGAUUCGUGGCUUUGAGAAACUGAUAAGUUAUUUCUCCACUGGUGAAGAAGCAGGCCAGCAGCUCCCUGAGAGCACAGCAGUCCCUCUGCCUUCCUCCUGCCGCCAGUCUUUCCUGACUAACAUCACCUUCUUGAAGGUUCUCCUCUGGUUGGUCCUGCUGGGACUGUUUGUGGAACUGGAAUUUGGUCUGGCUUAUUUUGUCCUGUCCAUGUUCUAUUGGAUGUAUGUAGGGACUCGGGGUCCCGAGGAGAAGAAAGAAGGGGAGAAGAGCGCCUACUCUGUGUUCAACCCGGGCUGUGAAGCCAUCCAGGGCACGCUGACUGCUGAGCAGCUGGAGCAAGAGUUACAGCUCAGACCCCCUCAGGGAAGUAGGACCAGCCCCAGCUGUUCCUCCUAUCCUUGAACGUGGACUUUAGAGGACAAAGGACAGCUUGCAGGGUGGUCAUGUCCUCCACUUUCCCCCUGACCUGCUGCAGUUUCAUCUUUGAACUCCACUUUGAUUUAGGUGAAUUUCUCUAAAGGACACUCAGGGUGGGGCUGGUGCUGUAUAUAAAAGCCAUAAAAGAAGGAGGCUGGUUUGUCUCAUUAUUGGAGUGGUGAUGCUGGCAUGCUAGAGAUACACUGUGAGGUUCUUUGGUUUACUGAGUGAUUUGGUGGAGGAGUAGGCACAUUGGGGCUCCUUUUAAAUAUUUUAAUAUUUACAUAGCUAAGUUCCAGGCCAGGGAAACUGGUCUGCCCCCACCUUAAAUGUGUGAAUGUUUUGUCCAAAUGUAUAUAGAUAUACCAUGUGUGUGCCUGGAACCCUCAGAGCGCCAAAGAGAGCAUCAGAUCCUCUGGAACUGAGUUAUGGAUGGUUGUAAGCCACCAUGUGCAUGCUGGGAACUGAACCUCAGUCUUCUGCGAGAGCAACAAAUGCUCUCAACCACUGAGCCAUCUCUCUAACCUUCAAAAAAAUAUUUUCAGAAUUAUUUUCUCAAAAGGUUUAGGUUGUAAGGUUUAGAAAUUUUUGUUUGUUUUUGUCUUGUUUCUCCUCUUUUCCAUCAUCAGUGCUAUUGAAAUAUAAAAUGUCUUUAAGAUUCUAUAAGCAGGUCCCCAUAUACUACCUGUGACCAUCUUUCAUUUUCCCCUUAACCCUGUCCCUACUUAGGCAGGAAACCUAAGAGAAGAGAAAAAGUUUCAAUAGGACAAAGUCAAUAGUGGAGAUAAAAAAUACUUUAUUUGUAUGACUGUCUACAUAUGUAUGUGUGUACCAUGUGCCUGAGGAUGUCAGAUCGCCUGGAAUUGGAGUUCUGUAUGGUGGUGGGUUCUGGUAACCAGCUCAUCUGCAAGAGCAGCCUGCUCUUAACUGCUGAGCCAUCUUCCCAGCCCUGGAAGAAAUUUGAUAAGAGGUUAUUUAUGAUUGGUACAUCAAGAGAAAUUCUUGAGUAUGUGCAGAGGGAAGGGCUAGGAGACGGGAUUCUAGUUUUACUGCUUGGGUUUUGUCUCUUUCUUUUAGGUAUUUUUAAAAAAGAUUUAUUUAUUAUAUGUAAGUACACUGUAGCUGUCUCAGACACACCAGAAGAGGGCAUCAGAUCUCAUUACCGAUGGUUGUGAGCCACCAUGUGGUUGCUGGGAUUUGAACUCAGGACCUUCAAGAAGAGCAAUCGGUGCUCUUAACCGCUGAGGCAUCUCACCAGCCCCCUUUUAGGUAUUUUUGAGAGGGUCUCCUGUAGCUCAGACUGGUCUUAGACUCAUUUUGUGGUUCUGGUUUAUAUAUUGGGGACCAAACCUGGGAUGUUUUAUGCUUUGGGUGAGCACUCUGCCAAUGGAGUUACUUUCCCGGCCCUUGCUUUUCAUGUUUCAAUUGCCGUAGAACCCUGUAUGUUUCUGUCUGUGGGCUCUAGUUAGCAGUUGUAUAGGUAGCAGCUGUUGGGCCUGGCUUGGGUGUUAUUUCGUCUUCCAGUACAGCAGUGGAGUUUAGUUUCAUUGGAAUUGGGCCACACAUACUUUUUCUGUGAGUCAUUCUGAUGAAUAAAAAGAUUAAUUUUGUUCAAA